UGUUGAUUCUCAGAAAAAGCUUGAAGGAAUGAUAUUAUGAUGAGUUCUUUUUCUGCUCUCUCAACAACUAAAACAGACAGAUCGUGAAGCUUCCAGAAUUGCUGGUAAACCAAACCAAAGAGCUAUCUUCUUCUAUGGAUUCGGAUUGUUUUUUUUUGUGUUUCCUACGGGACUUGUCGAGAGCAGCAGCACAUCGUCCACGCACAGACUCACUCACUAGGGUUUCGUUUCUUCAGUGGUAUUGUAUCAUUCUACAGUAAGCUCUUACUUUUAUUUUUAUGUUUGUUCUUACCGUUUGACAAAUUUAAUUGGUAGUGUCUCACUCUUUAUCUUAUGCCCUGAAUCAAAUUGUUAUUGUUAAUUUUUCUUUAUCAAGAAAAAUUGUUAUUGUUACUUUUAGUUUUUAUUUUUCUUUUUCUUUUCUUCGUUUUUCCUUUUUUGUCCAAUUGUGUUUAUAUAUGUAUAUAUACAGACCUGGCCUCGAUUGAUUUACUAAACGAUCAAUUCAACAGAAAGCUAGAGAAACAAGCAACUUGAGAUUAUUUCCCAUCUCUUUGUCUCUCUCUCAAGGGCUCAUCUCUUUCUUCCUCUUAUUAUUAUCUUUUCAUAUUUGGUGUUGCGGCUUAAUACGAAGAUGGACAUGAUCAGUGAAUGUUCAGAUGAUUUGAUCUUUAGAAUACUGUCGCUUGUUCCAACAACAGACGUCCUGGCCAUGUGUUCUGUGUCGACGAGAUGGCGGUCUCUUUGGAAUUUAGUGUCAGGGCUUGAGUUUGAUGACAGAAAUCAUGAGAAUGACUAUAAGCGCUUCACACAGUUCGUUUACAACACUUUGCUGUUGAACAAGGCCCCUGUUCUAGAGAAGUUGCAUCUCAACCUUGGUCCUAAGUGUCACGCCGUAGAUGUAGGGAUAUGGAUUGAUACAGCGGUUUCUCACCACCUGCGUGACCUCGUAGUCGAUAUCAGGCCAGGCUCAGGGUCAGUCAAUUUGCCGAGUAGCCUAUUCACAUGUCAAACACUAGAGACCCUGGCGCUUGUACGGUGCCUUGUUUCAGAUGUUCCUUGUUGUCUCCCGUCCCUGGGGAUGCUGAGCCUUAAGGAUGUGAUCUACGCAUCUCUUCCUAAGCUUUUAUCCGGUUGUCCUAAUCUCGAAUUACUUAAAGUGAUGGUGGAAGAAGAAGACCAGAGAGUCGAGGACAUCACUGUCGAGGUGCCUUGUUUACGGCUACUGGAGUUGUGGGACGCAAGAAACGGAAGUAAGGGUGGUGUGCAAGUGAUAGAAGCCCCUCGUCUGGAGUACCUUAAGAUUGUCGAUGACGCUGUUUACGACUCACGUAGAAUACAGAAUAUGCCUAGUUUGAUGGCUGCACAUGUUGACAUCACUCAAGGAGUUACCCAUAGGUUUCUGAGAUCCCUUGCUUCUACCCGCCGCCUUUACCUAUGUGUAUCACUGCUUUCGGAGGUUCCUAGUAUGAUCAUCCACUUCCAUCGGCUUGUUCACCUCGAGCUAAAUACAUGUGCGCAAGGUUGGUGGGAGCUUCUCACACAAAUGCUCCAGAGUUCCCCAAAACUAGCAUCACUCAAACUCACGGACAAACAUGAGCUUGAAAUCCCUAGUGAAGAAACCCCGGAUUGCUGGAAGCGGCCGAGUUCUGUUCCCAAAAGUCUUGAAACCUUUGCUUGGAGCGGUUACAAAGGAAGACGAGGAGAUAUAGAGGUGGCUACGUUUGUCAUAAAGAAUGCUACUCGUUUGAAGACAGCCACUUUCUCUCCGGAAUGCAUCGGUCUUGAAGCCAAAGAUAGGAUGCUCAAGGACUUGGUGUCUGUAUCUAGGCUUUCAUCAGUUUCGUGUCAACUUCUCUUUGACUGAAAAUUUUAGGCGAAGGAAAGGAUAAUCUUCAAUGUUUAUUAUAUAUAUAUAUAUAUAUAUAUAUUUUUUUUGUUGCUAUGGACAUGAGGAUUGAGGAGAAGAAGAAGAACGGAGGCAACAAAGGCCGCCAAU